CAUCAAAAUCAAUGCCUUUUCAUUGCCAAAUACUUCACUAGCCUUCGUGCCCGGGGUGGGCAUCAGAGCACUGACCAACCACGGCACCACCAACGUCAGCUUGGACUGGGAAGUCAGGGCUCCGCUUUUCCAUGAUGCAGGGGGAGCCGACCUCUUCCUCUCCGGAGUCUACUUCACGGGCGUCCUCCUCCCAACCCAGAACGUCUUCGGCCAUCCGGCUCUGCGGCUCCAGGACUGCUCCGCCCAAGUGAGCCACGCCCACGUCUCCUUCUCGGGGGAGCUGAGUGCGCUGUACAACACCUUCGCCGAGCCCAUGGAGAAGCCCAUUUUAAAGAACUUAAACACGAUGCUCUGUCCCAUCAUCACGGACGAGGUAGAAGCGCUGAAUGUCAACCUCAGCUCCCUGGACGUGUUAACCAAGAUUGACAACUUUACACUGCUGGAUUACUCCCUAGUCGGUCCUCCAGAGAUUACUGAGCACUACCUCGACCUGAAUUUGAAGGGUGUGUUUUACCCGCUGGACAACCUCGCCGACCCCCCCUUCUCUCCAGAGCCCUUCGAGCUGCCGGAGCGCCUGGACUCCAUGGUGUACAUUGGCAUCUCUGAGUACUUCUUCCAGUCGGCGUCCUUUGCGCACUUCGCCGCCGGUGCUUUCAGCAUUACGCUGUCCACCAAGGAGAUUUCCAACCACUUCAUCCAGAACUCCCAAGGAAUUGGCAUCGUGCUCUCCCGGCUUGCAGAUCUCUACAUCCUGUCGCAGCCCCUCAUGCUGCGGAUCAUGGCCACGGAGCCGCCAGUCGUCCGCCUGCAGCCGGGCAACUUCACGCUGGACAUCCCCGCCUCUGUCAUCGUGCUCACGCAGUUCAAGAACAGCACGGAAGUGGAGCCCAUCGUCUCCAUGGACUUCGUUGCCAGUACCAGCGUGGGCCUGGCGAUCCUGGGACAAAGGCUGGUCUGCUCCCUGUCUCUGAACAGGUUCCGUCUGUCUGGGUCAGAGGCCAACCGCAGCGACAUUAAGGUCUUGAGGUUCGAGAAUAUCCUGUCCUCCAUUCUGCACUUCGGAGUCCUCCCCCUGGCCAACACAAAAUUGCAGCAAGGAUUUCCCCUGCCCAGGCCAUAUAAUGUCUCAUUGGUCAACUCAGACAUUGAAGUUCUUGAGGGGUUCAUUUUGAUUUCCACCAACCUGAAAUAUGAAAUGUCCUCGAAACAGCAGCCAAGUUUCCAUGGCUGGGGAGAUCUGAACCGGAUAAGGAGACAGGGGACCAGGCAGCCAGCCCCUUGAUGCCAAUUCACAUCCUCCCCAGGAAGUACCUGGCCCUAAUCCCACAGCGCCUGUCCAUGGGGAGGGGAGGACAGCAACAGUGGGACUGGAAAGCCCUUCUGCAUCGCACAGACAGAAAAUUUGCUCUCUGGAGCCUCCAGGAACCUGGAGCGAGGCCACCUGGGCUAAAGGCUGAACAGGGGUCUGUGUGCUGUGUACGGAGGGAUACGCCUUGCAGUGUGAGUGUGUAGAAGCUGUGUGCCUGUGUUUAUAAGAUUCUGGGGACAAGAGUCUGGCAUGUGAUUCUGACCAGGUGGGUGAAAACUCUUAAGUCUGUAUUUAUAUCAGCUCCCUUCUUUAGAGUUUUUUCUCUACCUGCGUGCUGGAUUUUACAUUUUAUGUUCACUGUCACUGUCCCCUAUGUCUGAUUAAAAUCAUUUUCUACCAA